AUGCAUUUCUUUCGACUUAAAUCCCAAUACCAGCCACCAACUGACAAUGAUCAACAUGAUCUACCUGAACCAGUUACUCAGCACACUUUCAUGUCGUUACCACCGUCACCGAUCGAGUUUAAAGCUCGUCUCUGGCAAUCGUUACCAUUUUUUGGCAAAGUAGGUGUUUUGAUUCUCACAGUCGUUCGACUUUACUUCUAA